AUGAGGAUUCCAAUUUUGCACCUAUCCUUAUGGCUUCCGCUAAGCACUUUCAUCGGCACCAUUCUUGGACAGGAUGACCUCGGCACCAACAAUGGUUUCGGGGAUAUCGAGACAUCCAACUUCAAGGCUCGAAUUGUGCGAGACGCUCAAAUUUUAGCGUCUCUGAAACCCAAGGGGGAUGAUUUCGACUUCCUCCCUUUCGACAUCUUAGGAAACCGUUCUCGUAACGGACAAUACCACUGGGGAGAUGUUACCUACAGAUAUCGAACUGAAGGCGACAACAGCUGGAUCGACGGAAAUUCUGCCCAGACCCGCAAGCCUGUCGUUACUCUAUCCCCAAAUGAUGGGGUUCUUGCGGCCGCAGACCUUUCCUCUACGCUUCCCUCCGGGCCGCUCAAUGUGACUCGAGAAUGGCUAAGUGUCGACGGCGAUCUGGCCCUGCGCUUCAUCUUCAGCAACACUGGGAACUCCAGCAUUGAGAUCGGUAGUCUUGGCUUUCCCGCUGAGUUCAACAGCAUUUUUACACACCACCACCCGGCAGACGCAACAGCGGCCUGUUCUCUUUCCGAACCGUAUAUCGGCAUGGACGCUGGUCAAAUUCGCGUUACCCCUAUCAAAGGCACAGGACCCGCACUCGUUGUCACGGCCCUCCAAGGAACCAAAUCACCCCUGGAAGCCUACCGAAACCUAUGGGAAAUGGGCUACGAAGGACUUCCUAUUCAAGCCAGACGUUCGAGGGUUUCUACGAAUGGCAAGUGCUGA